AUGGCAAAUGUGGUGCAAAGAAAAAUUGCUUUAAUGGGAUAUCCAUGUGUUGGAAAAUCUUCGAUUACAUUACGUUUCGUAUAUGGUAGUUUUCCAGACGCAUAUGAUACUACAAUUGAGGAUAUUCAUGAAAAAAUUUGUCAUUUCAAUGGAAGACGGUUCUCUAUGCAAAUAACAGAUACCGCAGGACAGCAAGAAUAUUCAUUAUUUCCUCGAAGUUGUGCUCUUGAUAUUGAUGGAUAUAUUUUGGUUUAUGCAAUCGAUGACAAAAAAUCGUUUGAUAUUUUAUCAACGAUUCAUGACAAAAUCUUGGAAAAUUGCGGUGAUAAAAAUGUUCCACUUGUUGUCGUUGGUAAUAAAUUAGAUCUACAGCAUAAUUCUCGCCAGGUGACGACUAAUGAGGGAAAACAUUUGGCUUCUUCCUGGAAUGCGGCUUUUCUAGAAACUUCAGCGAAAGAUAAUACGGCUGUUCAACAAAUAUUCGAUCUUGUCCUUCGUGAAAUUGAAAUAGCCAACGGUAAUAUGAAACGUCAGGAAAAGAAUUGUGUUAUAUCGUAG